AUGGUGCUGCCUGACAAUACUCCAGAAGCAAUAAUUACUGUAAUGAAUAAGUGUUUUACACAAGAGCCAGAAAAAAGGCCUUCAUUUGCAGACUUAUUUAAGCUUUUAGCUCCUCACGAGAAAAAAUCACAAAGUGAUCAAGAGGGGUCAUCAGCUGGGUCCUUGGGGUCAUCAUGUUCUUACAAAGAACGGUCUAAUUCAGCUAAGAAUGAAUCGUUGGCAACUGUUUCUAAGGAAAAAGCUCGAACUUGA